AAUGAAAAGGCCGAAGCUUUUGCCUCUUGUUCUACCUAAAAUUUUAAGAGAUGAAGAUAAGAUUAAUGGAAAUCUACCCAAAGAAAUCCGAGGAAGGAAGUUCUCAAAGAAGAAGAUAAACAGUAAUCAUAAUAAUUCUAUAUUAUUGGGUUAUCCCAAACAUGGAUAUUCCUUGGAGAAGGACAAGGAAAAUUGGUCAUUAGUCAGGCAAGUAUUACGCCGACCGCCCAGAUAUGAGUCGUCUUUUUCGGUCAGUCCUCUAGGGAAGCCUAUUCCUUGUCCGGUCGAUACCUUUUCAACCUUUCAAGGUCAGCGAUCGAAUAAGUUAAUUCUACCGCAGAUUUUCGCCGAACCGAAAAGAGAUGGUAAAGAAGCAUUUGAAGGUUUCUACCUAGAUUCCACAGAGCGUUCAUCGCAAAAGGAUGUUGACGAUUUACUAGUUAUAAGAGCUAGACAACGAGCCGAAUUUGAAAAGAGGAUGAAAAAGAAGAAAAAACUGAAAGAAACGCAUAAACUGCGAACAGAAGAUAUUGAAAGAUCACUGAUUUGUGCGAGAUUAAAUAGUCAACAUAUAAGAACACCUGAGACAGUUGAUCAAAGAUAUAGAUUACAAUUAAAUAAUUAUUCCACUGAAGCAGUUCUGUCUAAGCAAAUGUAUAAGCAUUGUUAUAGUCGGCGGCUAUCUUCUCUUCGAGCUCCACCUACCACCCCGAACUACGACGAACAAGAGCCGGAAAUAUGUUUCUCUACUCCAAUGGAAGUACCGCAAGUUAAUCAAUUUGAUUAUAGUAUCUCUAUGGCUGAUAUUCCUAAUACUUCUCCGUGA